AUGAGGAGAUUUACAAUGACGCCAAGCUCUAGAAAUCCUGUUAAGACGCCUGUUUCAGGGAUGAAGGCUGCACCUUUUCCAAGGCAUUCGCUUGGGGCAGAAGAGGCACGAAGGAGGGAUGUGAGGGUUGUGAGGGAGAAGGGAUAUGUGCAGCAGUGUGUUGAUGGAGUGCAUGAAUUUCUUGUUGAGAACGGAUAUGAAGGGGUUAUUUCGCAGAAGGUGCUUCACAAUCCGUCGUCAAGGGAUUUCCAGAGCAUUUUCAAGUUUGUGUAUGGGUUUAUUGAUGAUAUUGUGUUUUCAACGAGGUUUGAGGACGAUGUUGUGAAUGCGAUGAAGAGCCUGAGGUAUCCGUAUUGUGGAGAGAUAACGAAGAGCCAGCUUGCAGCGAUUACUCCGCACACAUGGCCGGUGAUUCUGAGCAUGUGCUAUUGGCUGGUUGAGCUGGUGAGGAUGGGGAGUGUGGAGAAUGAGGAAGGGCAAAGCGGAGUUGAUGGGUGUUUUUUUGAAUAUGUGUGUGAAGGAUAUCUGAGGUUUAUGGAAGGAGAGGAGAGUGAAGGGGACGAGGAGGAGUUUGAAAGGAAAGUUAUGGAGAUAUACACGGAGAUGUUUAGUGGGAUAGACAAGCGAAAGGAGGAGCUGAGGAUGAUAGAGGGGAAGAUAGCGGGGAUGGGGAAUGCUCUUGAGUCGCGUGAGCAGCUGGAAGGGAAGAAGAAGGAGCUGGCGGAUGAUCUGAACAUGCUGAUAGCGUCUGAAAAGCAGCUGGAAGGGAAGAAGAGGAAGUAUGCAGCAAUGCUAGAGAGGACAUGCGAGGAGAUAUGCAAGGUUGAGGAGGAGAUUGAGUGUCUGCGUAAGGAUGAGGAGGAUCUUAGGGGGCAGAUUACUAGGCAAAGGAUCAAUCCUGAGGAUGUUAAGGAGAUGAAUGUGGAGAAGAUUGAGCUGUUCAAGGAGUUGGAGAGGAUGAAGCCAGAGAAGGAGGGAUUGAUGAGGUAUGUUGCGAUGCAGGAGCGAGAGCUGCAUGAGAUGGUUGAGGAUGUUGAGAAGCUGUGUUUUGAUUUGAAGGGGCUUAGGGAUGAUAUUUCGCUGAGGUAUGCGAAGGAAGGAAAGGCAGAGCAAGGGAAGAUUAACAAGAUUGUGAAUGAGGCGAGUGGAGAGGUAUUUGAGGAAGGCAUAUCGAGGGUGAUUAUACAGCUGGAGGAUGAGAUGGCGCUGAAGGGAGAGACCAUGAUGAGCAUUGAGAUGAGCAAGAGUGUUCUUGAAGAGACAAAGAGUGAGAAGGAAGGGAUGAUGAACGAGCUGAGCAAUAGGUUUAAGUAUUGCAAUGACAAGCUUGUGACGGCAGGAAAGCUGUAUCUUGAGAAGAAGGAAAUAUCUGAGAGUGGGCAGAGACGAAGCAAAACAGAGAUGGAGAUGCUGGAGAACGAGCUGCUGAAGCUGAAUCUUGAGUCGAGCACGUCGCUGCUGAUGAGUGAGCAGAAGCUGCAGAAGGCAAGAAUUCAGCUGGAUAGGGUGUUCAACAAUAUGAACUAUGAGCGUGAGGAGAUCAGUAAGAUGAUAUUUAAUUUCUACAACACGAUGAGUGAUGUGUAUGUGCUGAUACAAUCGCAGGUUGAAGAGCUUAGAGGAUUAGUGGAAGGAUAG